GUUUGAUUAUGUUGAUGAAGACGAUUAUGAGUUGCUUGAAGAGCACGGUAUUCACCGACGGCGACCGAAAUUCAAGCGGCUCAAAAAAGCUAGGAACGAUUUUGACAUACAGGAGGAUCACACAGAGCUUUCAGAUGAAGAGGGACCGCAACUUGAGGAUUUUGCUGAAGAGGAUGCGGAUGUGCUUGAACAGAAUGAGAUGGCGGAUUUUAUUGUUAGUGAUGAAGAUGAUGGAAUUGUUAUUGGUGGAGCUUCAAUCAGACCAAGGAAGUCAAGGAAGAAGAAGUUAGGGGAGAUUGCUGGUGUUUCAACUGCUGCAAUGGAGGAAGCACGUGACAUAUUUGGUGAUGUUGAUGAACUUUUGAGACUCCGCAAAAAAAGUCUAGCUGAGAGUGCCAGAUCUCGUGACUCUGCUGAGUUGCAGGGAAAGAGACUUGAAGAUGAAUUUGACCCCAUUAUUCUCAAAGAGAAGUAUCUGACGGAGAAGGACGAUAGAAUUCGCAAGAUUGACGUGCCAGAGAGGAUACAGAUAUCUGAGGAAAAAACUAAGCCACGUCUUGAUGAAGAAAGUAUAGAAGAAGAAAGUUCUUGGAUACUAGGUCAACUUCCAACAAAUAUGAUACCAUUCUGGUUCUUGAAGAGAGUUACAGAGGAAACUAAUAAAGGGACUAGCGAAGAAUCUAAUGCCUUAAAAUAUUUUAAGGCAGAUAUCAUAAGGUUCUUAAAGUUGCAUCAUGUGGAGAAGUAUGAUAUUCCUUUUAUUGCAAUGUAUCGGAAGGAGCAAUGCCUAAGUCUAUUGAAAGAUCCAGAGGAAGGUGAAAUGGAAAACAAUGAAGGGGAAGAGAUAGAGGGAGUGCCAAAAAUGAAGUGGCAUAAGGUACUAUGGGCCAUCAAGGACUUGGACACAAAGUGGUUACUUCUGCAGAGGCGGAAGCGUGCUCUCUAUUCUAACUACAACCUGCGUUAUGAAGUAGAAGUUCACAGAAUUUAUGAUGAAGCAAGGCUUAAUCUGAAUAAAAAAAUCUUCAAAUCAAUUCUGAAAUCUAUAUGGAGUGCUGAAUCAGAGAGAGAAGUCGAUGACGUUGACAUGAAGUUUAAUUUGCAUUUCCCACCAGAUGAAGUUGAAGGGGAGUUUAAGAGACCUAAGAGGAAAUCACUAUAUAGCAUGUGCUCUAAGGCUGGCCUAUGGGAGGUUGCAAGUAAAUUUGGUUGGAAUUCUGAGCAGUUUGGGUUGCAAAUCACCCUAAAAGAAGUGAUGACAGAAGCAUUGGAGGAUUUAAAGGAAACUCCUGAAGAGAUAGCUUUGAACUAUAAGUGUGAAAUGUUUAAAACUCCAGAAGAUGUUCUUAAAGGUGCUAGGCACAUGGCUGCAGUGGAGAUCAGCUUUGAGCCAUGUUUAAGGAAAUAUGUCCGUAGCUUUUUUAUGGAUAAUGCCGCUGUCUCAACAAGCCCCACCUCUGUAGGAACUAAGUUGAUAGACUCUUCCCAUCAGCUAGCAAGGGUCAAAUGGCUACAUGAGAAGCCAUUGUCAAAAUUUGAGGAUGCCCAAUGGCUCCUUAUUCAGAAGGCUGAAGAAGAGAAACUUCUUCAAGUUUCUAUCACUUUACCAAAAACUCACCUAGAGAAGUUGACUAGGCAGUGUAAUGAUUAUUAUCUCAGUGAUGGUGUUAGCAAAUCUGCACGACUCUGGAAUGAACAGCGCAAGUUAAUACUACAGGAUGCCUUUUCAAAAUUUCUUCUCCCUUCAUUGGAGAAGGAAGCUCGGGUGCUUUUGACAGCCCAGGCAAAGAAAUGUCUGCUUAUGGAGUGUGGAAAGCAGUUGUGGAACAAGGCUUCUGUUGCACCAUAUCAGCGAAAGGAACAUGAUGUUGGGCUAGAUGAGGAAACUGCGCCAAGGAUAAUGGCUUGUUGUUGGGGUCCUGGAAAUCCUGCAACCACAUUUGUGAUGUUGAAUUCAUCAGGAGAGUUGCUGGAUUGGAUGUAUGCUGGGUCCCUUAGCCGACAGUCAAAGAAUGUUGAUGACUUGCAGUGCAAGAAAGAUCAAGCACAACGUCUUCUCAAGUUCAUGACAGAUCAUCAACCUCAUGUCAUUGUUCUUGGGGCUGCAAAUUUGUUUUGUAAGCGGUUGAAGGAUGAGAUAUAUGAGAUCAUAUAUAACAUGGUGGAGGAAUAUCCUAGAAAUGUUAGUCAAGAAAUGGCUGAAAUUAGCAUUGUUUAUGGGGAUGAAUCACUGCCUCGUCUGUACGAACACUCACAGAUUUCUUCAGAACAGUUACCUGGACAACCAGGGAUUGUCAAGAGAGCUGUGGCUCUUGGUCGCUUCCUUCAAAACCCAUUGGCCAUGAUUGCGACAUUAUGUGGGCCUGGGAGAGAGAUAUUAUCAUGGAAUCUUGGCUCCUUAGAGCAUUUUCUCACUCCUGAUGAGAAGUUUGAAAUGGUUGAACAGGUGAUGGUGGAUGUCACCAACCAAGUGGGUGUCGACAUAAAUUUGGCUGCAAGCCAUAACUGGCUUCUUGCUCCUUUACAAUUUGUAUCUGGGCUUGGACCCAGGAAGGCUGGUUCUUUACAGAGGGCAUUAGUUCGAGCUGGAGUAGCUACCUCUCGAAUGUACUUGAUUGCUCAUGGACUUGGUACUAAAAAGGUGUUUGCAAAUGCAAUUGGUUUCUUACGUGUAAGGUGCAGUGGGUUGGCUGCUUCUAGUAGUGAUUUUGAUCUUUUGGAUGAUACUAGAAUUCAUCCAGAGUCAUAUCCUCUUGCUGAGGCUUUGGCUAGUGAAGUUCACACAAAAUAUGCUGAAACUGCAGAUUAUGAUGAGACACCUAUAGAAUAUGUUAAGAACAAUCCACAACUGCUAGAAAAUUUCAUAGUUCAUAACUAUGCGGAGGAUAACAACAAAGAUAAACGAGAGACUCUUUAUGACAUUAAAAUGGAGUUGCUUCAUGGAUUUUGUGAGUGGCGUAGUCCUUUUAAGGAAUUAAGUCAGGAUGAGGAGUUCUAUAUUUUGUCUGGGGAAAAUAGGGAUUCACUUGUUGAAGGAAAGAUAGUUCAAGUAACAGUUCGGCAUGUAAAAACUGAUCGAGCAAUAUGUGUUGUUGACUCUGGCUUGACAGGAAUACUGUACAAAAAUGAAUUUGCAGAUCAACUGGAUGACGUUGAUUUAACAGACAAAUUACAAGCAGGUCAUGUGCUUGCCUGCAAGAUUAAACAGAUUCAGAAGAAUAGAUACCAGCUGAUAAUAACCUGCAAAGAAAGUGAGUUGAACAAUAGUCAAUGUCAAAACUCAUGUGAUGUUGAUCCCUAUUACCGUGAACACCAGAUGCAUGCCUUAAGUCAGCUGGAGAAGUCCUGUAGAGCGGUGGUAGCAAAAAAGAAUUUUAUACCAAGGAUGAUAGUUCAUCCCCAUUUUCGGAAUAUGACUGCUGAUGAAGCAAAGGAGUUCCUUUCAGACAAGGAUGUUGGAGCAAGUGUUAUUUGUCCAAGCUCAAAAGGUCCAUCUUGUCUGAUUUUAACUCUGAAAAUUUAUGACGGAGUUUAUACUCAGAAAGAAAUAGUUGAAGAUAGGAAGGAUCAGAAGGCUAGUUUGCUUACCCUUGGAACAACACUGAGAAUUGAUAAGGACAGUUUUGAAGAUUUGGAUGAGGUCAUGGAUCGAUAUGUUGACCCUUUGGUAUCUCACUUGAAGGCUAUCCUUUGUUAUCGUAAAUUCAGGAAAGGCUCAAAAACUGAAAUUGAUGACCUCUUGAAGGUUGAGAAAUCAGAAAGCCCAAUGAGGAUAGUUUAUUGCUUUGGUGUUUGCUAUAUCCAUCCUGGUGCUUUUAUUUUGUCUUUUAUAAGAAAUACAAAUCCGCAUCAUGAAUAUGUUGUGCUGCACCACAAGGGAUAUAUAUUUCGGAAACAUACAUUUCAUAACAUCGACCGGCUUGUGGCAUAUUUCCAGAAUCACAUUAAUGAUUUGCCUCCACAGUCUACUCAUUCAGCUUCUGCCAUCGUACCAAUGGUCGGCACUGCUUACAGGAGUUGUUUAGGUGGGGUACCCAUGGGUGGCAGGAGGGAAAAGAAUGAGAUCAACAGGAGAGGACAGUCAUGUCCAGAAAGAGAUACCUUGUCAGCUCCUGGUUCUCAAGGAAAAAAUGAUUCGAUGAGUGGUGGUAGUCAAGAUAGGCAUCCAAGUGGCUUGACUACUAAGCCUCAUGUUGAACAAAGCCAUUGCAAUUAUAAUAGCAGGAGGGAAAGCAACACUAAUGGAGGGAAGGGUUCUGAAUAUGGUAGUACUUUUCAAUGGGGCUCAGAUUGCACAAAUGGGAGUGGGAUAGAAAAUGGGUGGAAAAAUUUUCCUGGUGCUAAAAUCCAGAAUUCCCCUGGUAGAGAAGCUUUCCCUGGUGGGUGGAGCGACAAUCAGAUUAGUAGUACCAGUAAUGGGAAUUGGAGUGGUGGAGAUGAGAAUGUUACAAAAUGUAGUUGGGGGGUUAAGAACAUUGUUGGCAGGGAAGGUAAGAGUGCUACUGCUAAUGAUGCUUGGGCUGGUGGUGGUAAAAGUAGCAAUACCGGUGUUAAAGAUGGCAAACGGAAUGGCAACUGCUUAAAUAAGAACAGUGAUACCUCGGGAGGUCGUGACUGGGUAAGUGGGCAAAGGGGAAGUGGCAUUGAUAGUGGUGGCAAUUGGAGCAAAGUAAGUAAUGACAAUUGGGGUAGAGCUGGUGGUAAUGCUAAUGACAAAGAGAGUUGCGGUUGGGGGGAAUGGGGGGGUAGCAGAAGUGGUGGUAGUGGUACUAAAGAUGUUGGACCAAGAAAUGAAGAUUGGGGUGAUAAGAGCCAUGGUGGCCGGCUCAAUAUUGACUUGGGUAGUAAGGAAGGUGGGAGAGGCACUAUUACUAGUGGUAAUGGAUCCAGAGUAAGUAACAGUUGGGUUGAUGGCAGAGAUGGGGCUGCUACCAGUUUGAGCAGUUGGGCAGCCGGUGGUAAUAAUGAUGUCAAAAUGAGUGAUGAUUGGGGGGCAUGGGGAGAUAGAAAAAGUGGUAAUAGUGGUGCUAACAAGGGUAAAGGGAAUGACAAUUGGGGCAAUAAGAAAAAUACUGGCUGGGAUGGUUGUGCUGGAGGUAGUAAGGAAAGUGGGAGUGACACUGUUACUAGUGGUAAUGGAUGCAGAGUAAGUAACAGUUGGGUUGAUGGUAGAGAUGGGGCUGCUACUGGUUUGAGCAGCUGGGCAGCCGGUGGUAAUAAUGAUGUCCAAAGGAGUGAUGAUUGGGGGGCAUGGGGGGAUAGAAAAAGUGGUAAUAGUGGUGCUAACAAGGGUAAAGGCAAUGACAGUUGGGGCAAUAAGAAAAAUACUGGCUGGGAUGGUUGUGCUGGAGGUAGUAAGGAAAGUGGGAGUGACACUGUUACUAGUAGUGGUAAUGGAUGCAGAGUAAAUAAUAGUUGGGUUGAUGGUAGAGAUGGGGCUGCUACUGGUUUGAGCAGCUGGGCGGCCGGUGGUAAUAAUGAUGUCAAAAGGAGUGAUGAUUGGGGGGCAUGGGGGGAUAGAAAAAGUGGUAAUAGUGGUGCUAACAAGGGUAAAGGCAAUGACAGUUGGGGCAAUAAGAAAAAUACUGGCUGGGAUGGUUGUGCUGGAGGUAGUAAGGAAAGUGGGAGUGACACUGUUACUAGUAGUGGUAAUGGAUGCAAAGUAAAUAAUAGUUGGGUUGAUGGUAGAGAUGGGGCUGCUACUGGUUUGAGAAGUUGGGCAGCCGGUGGAAAUAAUGAUGGCAAAAAGAGUGAUUAUGUUGGGGCAUGGGGAGAAAGCAAAAGUGGUAAUAGUGGUGCUAACAAGGGUAAAGGAAAUGACAAUUGGGGCAAUAAGAAAAAUACUGGCUGGGAUGGCUGUGCUGGAGGUAGCAAGGAAAGUGGGAAAGACACUGUUACUAGUGGUAAUGUGUGCACAGAAAGGAACAGUAGGGUUGAUAGUAGAGAUGGGGCUGCUACCAGUUUGAGAAGUUGGGCAUCCGGCAGUAAUAAUGAUGGCAAAAAGAGUGAUAAUUGGGGGUCAUGGGAAGAUAGGAAAAGUGGUAAUAGUGGCGUUAAAAAGGGUCAAGGGAAUGACAACUGGGGCAAUAAGAAAACUAAUGGCUGGGAGGGCUGUGAUAGGGGUAGUAGGCAAAGUGGUAGUGAUGUUGGUACUGUUAACAAUAGGGGUGGGGUAAGUAAUGCUGGUUGGGGGGACUGUAAAGUGGGUGCUUAUACAAAUGUUGGUUGGGGAGCUAGUGGUGAAAAUGUUGGCAAAAAGAGUCUAGGGAAUGAAAAUUGGGGCAAUAAGAAAACAAUUGGGUGGGAGGGCUGUAGUAGGCAAAGUAAUAGUGAUGCCGGUGUUGGUAACAAUGCGGUUGGGGUAAGUAAUGCCAGUUGGGGCUGCAAAGGAGGUACUUCUACAAAAGUUGGUUGGGGAGUUGGUGGUGAAAAUGUUGGCAAAAAGGGUCAAGGAAAUGACAAUUGGAGCAAUAAGAAAACUACUGGCUGGGAUGGCUGUGAUCGGGGUAGUAGACAAAGUGGUAGUGAUGCUGGUACUGUUAACAUUGGGGGUGGGGUAAGUAAUGCUGGUUGGGGGGACUGCAAAGGAGGUGCUGCUACAAGUGGUGGUUGGGGAGCUGUUGGUGAAAAUGCUGGCAAAAAGAGUGGUGGUACGGGGGAGUGGGGAAAUAAGAACAAUGCUGGUAGAGGGGGUGGAAGGGCUUGGCAUUCAGCUGCUGAACCUGGUUCAGAGGUUAAAAAUGCUAGUCGGGGUGAAAGGAGUGGCAAUCGGGGCAAUAAGAACAAUACCCGCUGGGAUGGGAGUGACAGUGGUAGUAGGCCAAGUGGUGGUGGCGCUCGUACUGGUGAUAAUGGGGGCAGAGUAAGAAGCGGUGGCUGGGGGAAUUCCAAAGGAGGUGCUGCUGCAAGUGGUGGUUGGGGAACUAGUGGUGCAAAAGAUGGCCCAAAGAGUGGUGGUUGGGGCGAAUGGGGAAAGAAGAAGAGCAAUGCUGAAACUGAUUCAAAGGCUAAAAAUGCUGGAUGGGGUGCUAAUUCUGGAUGGAAGUAAAUAGUUUUGGGGUGGUGAAAUCAUGUGUACAGAGAGUUAACUGUACUGAGAUCCUCUUUAAUUGUUUUUGCCGUUUUCUUGGAUAGUGAGUAGUGAGUGAUAGUUUGAUGUCUUUUACGAAGAAACCUUAUAUUACUAAUGCUUUAAUGGAUAUAUCUCAGUUCUUAUAUUAUUA